CGUGUUCCAUGAAUAUCAUUGCCCGAACGUGUAUAACGAGCUGAAACUCGAUCAUCAAAGAACCGCCGAACGGAAGCGUAUCCUACACACACACACACCAUGGCCAGUCACCAAAAGGCCAAAGGCAUCUCCGCCACCCUCUCUCCUCCAUCAACAAAACCCGCCGAUCCAGGUGCCGGUGUGGUUCCCGAAAACCUCUACCACACGACCCUGACGGUAAUCGACCACCACGCCACCACCUGCGGCGCCACCACCUGCCUGCAGGUCCUCGGCACGCACACCACUCUCAAGGACGCCCGGGCCUUUGCCUACCACGACGCCCUCCGAUCGCUUAACUACCAACCCUACGACUUUGCCAUCUACGCCACCCGCGAGAACUUUGGCAUGCCUCCUCCUCCUCAGAAAAAAGGGCAACCUCCCGAGGUCUGGCCCUACGGCGACGAAGUGCUCGUGUACGCCAAGGCGCGUGCCGGCGGUCAGGAAUUCCUCAUUGGCGUCGUCGAGAAGCCCAACACGGAGCAUCUGGCUUCGGCGGCACCAGGCCAAUUCGACGAGCUCGAGGAGCCCGAGCCCGAGCCCAUGCCCACCACCACCACCACCACCGCCGGCGCCCGCCGCCAUCAUCACCCCCCCCGCCGCCGCCGUUCCUCGUCCAUCACCCGCCUCUUCCAAGCCUGCGAAAUCGAAGGUUGUUUCCCGCACAAGCGCGACGCCGUCGACUUUGCUCGGCGGUGGCUUGACACCCAAAAGGAAUCAGGCAUGUUCGUCCAGUAUGAUGAGCGCGAACAGCUGCCAAGGUCUUUUUUCCUCCGAGCCCUCCCGACAGAUCAACAACGACAACAACAACAAGAGGAGGAGGAGGAAGAAGAGGAGGACACGCAGCAAUGGCCGUUUGGAGAAGACGUGCUUGUGCAUGCUGUUGCGUCAACGGGGGAGAAUUAUUGUGUGGCUGUUAGAACGGUAAAAGGGGCGAAGGAGAGGUUUGGGAAGAAGGUGCCGAGACGGGGCGGGAGGGAGAUGGAUAGUAUGGGGAUGGAGAUGGAUAUGGAUAUGGAGGUACCGAGGGGGUUGGUUAGGGAGGAGGGGAUGGAGGAGACGAUGAAGGGGCGGAAGGAAAAGUGGAGGAUGAGUUAUUAUGAGGAUAUUCCCACCAAGAUUUGA